AUGGGCGCAAGGUCAUCGUCCAACACGCUGGCUUGGGCCGCAGCAAACGGGCACGCCGGUGUUGUUCGGCUAUUGCUGGAAAAAGGGGCAAAUGUUGACUCCAAACAUGAUGGUGAAAGGACGCCGCUAUCAUGGGCAGCAGCAUACAGGCAUGAGACGGUCGCUAGUCUGCUGAUCGACACGGGUCGGGUCGAUCCUGACUCUCGCAGUCAUUACGGACGCACACCACUAUCUUGGGCGGCAGCGAACGGACACGAAGGCGUGGCUGAGUCGCUGCUUAUCAAUGAUGGAGUCAACUCCCGUGUGGUCGAUGAUCUUUGGUCGAAUGCUACUGGAUUGAGCAGUCAAGAAUGGGCACGAGUCAAUCGCAAGGCAGCUGGCCUAGAUACAUCCAGUGUCUAG